UUAACAAAAAUAAAUAGGAAGUUCUUGUUGGGAAGAGUCGUAAAAUUAUUAUAAAAUUAUGAAGAUGAACAGCCACUGGUUGAACUGGUGUAGACUGUGCGCCAAAGACGACGCUACGACCAAUGUGAAAUUGCAAAGAAGCGAGCAGACUUGCCCACAGACUUGGGACAAUGUUCUUAUUGGGGCUAUUAGAAAAUUCUUUGAAGUGCAUAUGAUACUGGACGAUGAGUUGAGUAGCGUUUUGUGCACAGAGUGCUAUACUUUAAUCAGCGAAUUGAUCGAUUUUGCAGAGCAUGUAACCAAGGUGCAAGCAAUCUUCGAAGUGCUAAGGCGUAAAGGCGAUAUGCAACUGGAUGUGACUGCCCUCCGACAACAGUAUGGACUCUGCGUCGACGACUGGUCGCAUAUUAUCAAGCCUAUGCCAUCACCUGAAUUGCAGCACAAGAAUAGAUCUAAGGAGGGAAGUCCCAACAAAACAAACUAUGGCAAACAGGCAGAAACGGAUUUUGAGCUUGGACCUUUAUCAAACGAUACUCCAAACAAAAAUGAAUUCGGAAAUGCAAGAGUCCCAAAAAAAGAAAUGGAGUGUUAUCCCAAUAAUCUGGAUUUUGACAUUCUCAAGAGGGAAUUUAUUGAUCUCGGCCCAAUUUUAAUGGAGAACACUCUUGUUAACCAUUCCAGUCAUGAAGAUAUGGAAGAUGUAAUCGUGACAUCAAACUAUCCUAUCGAAUCUCGCUUAAAUCUUAGUUCCUCUUCAAAUUCUAUUCAGGAUAUAAAAUUUGAAGUAAGGGCAAGCUCCGGUAUGGAGUCUGUAAAUAUUUCUGAACCAACAUCUACGUUAGAAGAUGACGGUGUCUUAUCAGUAUUCCCAGAGGCAGAUGUACUAAAAUUGAAUAAAAAACCCAAACGCGGAAGGAUGGACUGUGGAAGAUGUGGAAAGGGGUAUAGAAAUCCGGCCUCCUAUCUUAAACACACUGAACGUGAAUGCCAAAAAGUCAAUCAAGAGGUAAAAACGGCCAAAACAACAUUUUGUGAUGUUUGCAAAAAAACCCUUUCAUCUGUCACAGCUCUUAAGCUCCACAAAGAGGGAAUGCAUCAAAACGUAAAACCAUACAUCUGUGAUAGUUGCGGCAAGCAGCUGAAGACGAUAACAGCCCUAAAUGAGCAUAAGCUCGUACACACUGAUAAUCGUCCAUUUGUUUGCACAAUUUGUAAGGCGGGCUUUAAAAACCGGGCCCGUCUCAAGGCGCAUAAUCAAAUACACGAGGAACCCAGCUUCGUUUGCAACAUAUGCGGCAAGAAAUUGCAAACGCGUCGAACGUGGAAUAUGCAUAAGGUUGUGCAUAUUGAGGAAAGAAGGUUAAAAUGUGAUGUUUGCGGUGCGCUUUUUAAGAGAUCUAAAACAUUAAAGACACAUUUGUUGAGUCAUACCGGACUAAGACCGUAUUUAUGCAAUUUUUGUGGUAAGUCCUUUGCGUGCAAUGCCAACUGCCGAUCUCACAAAGAAAAAAAACACGCCGAAGAAAUGCAAAAGGAUGAUGGUAUGCUCCAGCCUUCUCGUUUAAGUGUUCCGACACUGGAGGAACUACGCGUUAUGACAAAAAAAAAAUAGUGGGUUACAAUACACUGAGAAUACGCUACACUCGGCCCGGAAGGUAUAUCGAAGCUACUGAAUAGUUUGAAUGGACUAAGAAUGGAAU